AUGACCAACAACAACGUCAAAGUCGCUGAUAUUGUCCCAAACUUUAGAGUGGACGGUCGUCUUGCCAUCAUCACCGGUUGCGGAAGUCCUGGAAACUUGGCGUAUGCUUCUGCUCAAGGGUUGUUAGCGCAAGGUGCCAGUGUUGCUCUCAGUGAUAUCAAUUAUGAAGGGGUCCAGAAAGCCGCUGCCGCCCUCGCUGACUUUGCUACUCAAAAUGAUAUCCCUUUGACCGCUACUUCUAUCAGUAGUUGGAAGAUCGACGUUUCCGAUGCCAAUGAAAUCUCCACCACUUUCAAAAAGAUCAACGAACAUCAUGGUCAAGUCGCCGAUUUGUUACUCAAUUGUGCUGGGUUUUGUUACAACAUUGCUGCUUUAGAUUUCCCACCAGAAAAAGCCCAGAAAUUGAUCAAUUGUAACUUGAUGGGGUCAUUGUUUACUGCUCAAUCUUUUGCUCAAAAUUUAGUUGCCAACAAAAUGACUGGGUCCGUCAUCAUGAUUGCUUCAAUGUCAGGGCUCAUCGUUAAUGAACCUCAACCACAAUGCGUUUACAAUAUGUCCAAAGCCGGGGUCAUUCAUUUGGCAAAAUCUUUGGGUGCUGAAUGGGCUACCCUCGGGAUUAGAGUGAAUGCGAUUUCUCCUGCUUAUAUUGAUACUCCAAUCAAUGCAGAAUUGAUUAAGGAUGUCGCGUUAUUGAAGCAUUGGGAAGAUAGAACACCAAUGAAUAGAUUGGCCCAACCAGAAGAAUUCAUUGGUACUGUGUUGUAUUUGGCACAAAACAAGGCUUCUUCGUACACCACUGGGGCUAACAUUGUUGUUGAUGGUGGGUUCACUUGUUGGUGA